AUGGCCAUGACCGCUUCUGGUCACGGCCAUUGCUAUGGUGAUAGUCAACUCAAAGGCCAUGCUCGGGCGCACUUUGGUGACAACAUAUCGGUGCAUAACAACUACCUCUCGGCCGAACCGCAGCUCAUCGACUUGCCAACAGCACCGGAAGCAUCUUUUGAUUCUCGCGUCAGACAAGAUGACCCUCUCUGUCUGCCAGGCACACGCGUCGAGGUCCUGGAACGAAUACGAUCGUGGAUCCUUGGCGAUGAAUCCAGUUGCAUCUUCUGGCUGAGCGGAAUGGCGGGUACUGGCAAAUCGACCAUUGCUCGUACAAUUGCUCGAGAGUCGAGCGAAGGAGGGUAUCUCGGAGCAAGCUUUUUCUUUACACGCGGGAAACGAGCUACGGCGAACGCAGAUUUGUUCUUCACGACCCUGGCGCUUCAACUCACCAUCAACAAGCCUGCGCUGAAAACACAUGUGGCUGAGGCUGUACGAGCUCAGCCCGAUAUUGCUUCGAAAUCUCGAACGGCCCAAUGGCAGAGAUUGAUCGCCCAGCCAAUCGAACGCAUGGCGGGUGGUCUGCAGCAAGAAGUGCUGGUGUUCGUUAUCGAUGCACUAGACGAAUGCGGUCACGAUGCUGACAUGGAAGCUAUCGUAGGCAUCCUUGCGGAGGCCACGGAGAUCAAGUCUACUCGACUGCGGAUCAUCUCUCACGAGCAGACCAGAGGUUCCGAUCCGUUCGGAAUUUCGGCAAAUGCCUCAGUACACACAUCACGAUUUGCACUUGCACGAAGUGGCGCGAGCGACGGUGAAUGACGACCUCCGUCUCUUCUUCCAUGACCAGUUUAACAGAGUCAAGCGACGACAGGACUGGAUAGCCAAGGACUGGCCUGACAAUACUGCUACCGAAGAACUCGUGCGAUUAGCAGAAGGCCUCUUCAUUUUCGCAGCUACCAUUUGUCGGUUUAUUGCGGGAAGUCGUUCUGCGCAGAAAUCGCUCGAUCAAUUCAUAUGCAGCAUCCGUCCAUCAUCAGCAGAGAAAAUUAGCCCGGCGCCUGCCAGACUAGUUGGACCCAGUAUGCUCCCGUUAGACAUGCUGUACACGAAUAUCUUGAUCCGCUCCAUAGAGGCCGAUGACCAGUUCGAUCUGGAUGGAGAUGAUUUCGAUGAAACACGCGAGAUCCUAGGCCUGCUCCUGGCGUUAAAAGAGGAACUAUCAAUCCAAACAGUAGCCGGAAUCUUAGGGCGAGACACUAGUGAGAUUUACUCCUGUCUCCAAGGUCUCGAAUCUCUCAUACACGUUCCUUCCGCCGGAAGUUCUGGUGGCAUUCGGAUACUUCAUGCGUCCUUGAGAGACUUCCUUUUUGACCAAGAGCGAUGCAGGCGGGCUUUGGCGAGACACAGUGCAGACGCUCGGCUGGAGCAACCAACUCUUGAUCGGCUCUGGAUAGAUAAGCACGUGAUGCACGGGGUGCUCGCGGAGCAAUGUUUAGCAAGGCUAGCAGGGUCAUCGGGGCUUAGAUACGACAUGUGCGAGCUUCAGGAUCCAGGGGCAGAGCGAAGAUACGUGAAUGUGGAGAUCAUUCACAAGAUUUCACCAGACGUGGCGUACGCUUGCUGCCACUGGGCCAACCACGCGACCGAGGCUCAGCAAAAGCUACGCUCUCGCGGCGUAGUCCACGAUUUCCUCAAGGUAUACCUUCUUCACUGGCUGGAAGCGCUCAGCUGGCUCGGAAAGCUUUCGCAAGCAAUCUAUCAAGUCAAAGACUUGGAGUCUCUCGUCGAGGUGCGUCCGUUGAAAGAAAGUCUGCGAAGUGAAGGCGAUCUUCUCGCUAACCUACCUUCAAAGACCGCUUUCGCAGCUGAUCUUGCAGGCUUUCUUUAUGAUGCUUGGCGGUUUCUGUUGGAGAACCGGAAUAUAAUUGACACCGCGCCAUUGCAAGUGUAUUAUGGCGCGCUGGUUUCCGUGCCAAAGACCAGUGUAUUGCGAAGCUUGUUCUUCGACCGUGUCAGUGCGAUGCUCGAUCUGAUCCCUGAAGCGCCAGAGAGGUGGCCGCCACAGACUUUGGCGUGUGUAGGUCACACUAGCUUUGUGAACGCUCUGGCAUUCUCUCCAGAUGGAACAUUAAUAGCAUCGGGUUCUGACGACGGUACCAUGCGACUGUGGAAUAUAUCUACCGGCGAAGAGCUUCACAAAUAUGAAAUCCGAUCGGAAUGCGUGUGCGCCGUGGCUUUCUCCGCAGAUGGUCAAACGGUUGCAGCUGCUACAGAGAACGGUACUGUUCUACGGUGCAAUGUAAAGACUGGCAGGCCGGUUCAUCAGUUCAUAAGCAUUCCGAUUGACUCGUCGGCUGUGCCAGCAUUUGCUGCAGACCUCUCGACAAUAGCUAUGGGCUCAGGGAGGAGAUUGACGGUAUGGCACCUGGACAAGGAGCCCGAGCUGAAGCUUGACGCGGAAAUAAACACAAGCAUAUACCAGCCUCAGAUAUGCAUAUCCCCGAAUGGCCAAUUAAUAGCGAUUGCGACAAAACGUGGUGCGGUUGACAUUUUCGAUUGCGCGGACGGGAAAUCUUUCCAGCUCACGGGCCACACAACGGGAGUCGAGCAAGUAGCAUUCGCUCCGAAUGGUGAAAUGCUAGCGUCGGCAUCAUUCGAUCAGACGCUUCGACUUUGGGACGUGCGGAGUAAACAAGAAUUGUCGCGACUUGAUCAUGACGGGGACAUCUUAUGCAUCGCGUUCGCUUCUAAUGGCAUGACGCUGGUCUCGGCAUCGAAAGAGAAACGAAGAUCCCCAAACGAGCUAGUCAGCAUAUGGAAUUUAAGAAAUGGGACCACAUUCAGGCUACAAGACCGUCAGGAAGUCACGGGAGGCCUCAACAUCAUCAGCUGCUCCUACGACGGUAAUACUAUAGCCUCAGCAGAUUUCGAUUCUGCUAUCCGACUCUGGACCGCGCGCUCAGAUGGACAGACUAGAAAUCUGCCAGGACACACCAGCGUAGUGCGUUCGGUGACGUCGUCCACACAAGGAAACAUUUUCGUGUCGAUUGAUAUGUAUGGGACCUUGUGCGCGUGGGAUGCCGAGCGAGGCAAAAUUCUGCGAACAUUGCAUAGCUCUCCAUCCCGGACCACUUUCGAUUGCCGUAUAUGCGACAUAUCGGGGGAUGAAAAGAUCGUGGUCUCUUUCGAUGCCUCUGCGAUGAUGGUCUGGGACGUCGGAUGCGGUGCACAAGUCUGUAAGAUUGAAACCACAAUCACCCGCCGCAACAAAGUCAAGCUUUCUUGGGACGGCGGACUGGUAGCCGUGGAGCGUUUCUUGACCGCCCGGCUGCGCUCACGUGUCAGCCUUUGGAAUGCGAGGACCGGUCAACAUCUCCGGGACUUCGACUGCGAGCGCUUCUGUCGUUACUUGUCCUUCCAGAGCCAUACCUUGCACACCGGGCAUGAAGAAUUGGAGAUUGGAGAGUACUUGACAUCUCCUGAACCGACCUACUACGAACCCCGGAAAGAAGUCGAAUAUUCUCGCUCUAUCGACAAAACUUCCAGUGGCUGGAUACGGUACCGCGGGCACAAUGUCCUGUUGCUCCCGUUCGACUGGAAAGGCACGCACUUUGAUAUUGACUGUAUUCAUGGAAGAACCAUCGCUAUCGGUCAGAAAUCGGGAACCCUCUCAUUCUAUCGGUUCCGCGCGCAUAUACCUGAAGAUAUCCUGCGAGUUUCUGAGAUGGAAUAUCAAUCUCCACAUCUAUCUGCAGAUGAAUCUCCCAAUGAAUCCUUGGAUGGAAGUUGA